AUCCAGCGAAGACGAAGAAGAACGAAAAAAAAUCGACCUGUUGGGGGCGGAUUUUCUUUUUAGAGCCAAAAAGCCAAUAAAAGGCUUUCGGCGACUGUGUUUGAAACCUAAACCGGGGGGAUCCCAAUUUCCUGCAAAUAGGAGUGAAAGUAACACAUUAACCAAGAAACAAGUGUCUACAAAAAUGCGACUUUCCUGACACUGCACCUUCCGCACACUAAUCCUAGCAGUCAAAAUGGAUGCAAGUGAGGACCAAAGCACCAGCACGAACAACAACAACAACACCACGCCGACCACCACCACCACUAAUGGAAACCUGCAAACGAGCAGAACCUCGCGGCCACCGCAGAUUGCUCACAUGUCUUUAUAUGAGCGACAGGCCGUGCAGGCUCUCCAAGCCUUGCAGAGACAGCCGAACGCAGCGCAGUACUUCCAGCAACUCAUGCUGCAGCAGCAAAUCAACAACGCUCAGCUGCAUAACCUGGCGGCUGUGCAACAGGCUACGCUUGCCGCUAGUCGCCAGUCCAACACCGCGAGUAACAGCAUCUCACAGGCGACCACCACUGUGAAUCUCAACACCACGUCGGCGGGGGGGACGGCGGUGACCCCUCGUCCGCAUGGCGCAGCCACCUCCGCCACAACAACCGCCCUCAACCAGUCCGUGUUGUUGGGGGGGAACUCGCCAGGACAAGGGCAGAUGUAUCUUCGAGUGAACCGCUCUCUCAGGGCUCCUCUGGCCUCGCAGCUCAUCUUCAUGCCGGGGGGCACAGCAACAGCGACUGUCGCAACGGUUGCCCAGACCCAGCAGCAGCAGCAGCAGCAGACCGAAGCUCCUACCUCAGCCAGCGCCCAGUCCGACAGUGAUCAGGUGCAGAAUCUGGCUUUACACUGCGCAUCCACUCCCAGAGCGGUCUCCAUCAAGUCCGAGCUCUCGGAAAGAAAAGAGCCGAGCGCCUUUCCUCUCAGUCAGCAACAGCAAGUUCAACCCCAGCAGCAAGCGGCCAAGUCGUCCGGCAACACGAUGGCAGUCAAAGGUUCCAACCAGCCCGGGAUGAGCGUCCCUCCUCCCGCAGCCUCGGUGGCCCCGUCCGCCUCCUCCUCUCCGGCGCUCCCCCUUUCCCAACUCCUCCUGUCGUCCUCGGCCGCCCCGGUCAUCCUGGUGCCCACCUCCAACGUGCCUACCUCCACCCAGGGCUACUCCAUCGGCUCGGUCGCCCCCAAAGGCAACGUCAACACGCAGACGCUAGUGGUGCAGCCCCUGCAGCAGGCCGCCGCCGCCGCCCCCGACAAAGGUCCCGUCCCCAUCCAGCCCAAGACGGUGCACGGACACCGCUUACCCGUGCAGGUGUCCCCUCGUCAGCCGCUCCCCAUUCUGCCGGCGCCGCCCAGCGGCGGCCAGCCGCCUCACAACCCCCCGCAUAUUCCCGUGCAGCUGGUGGGGGCCAGGCAGUGCAUGGCGGGCAGCGUGCAGGCCGUGGCUCUGGCGCAGGUGCGAAGCGUGGCAGCCCAGGAGAAUGUGAACGCCGCCUCGCACAACACGUCCGCAACUGUGAAUAAGUCCGCCAACGGCUCCUUGAAGAGGAAGUCGGACUGCGAUGCGCCCAACGAGACAAGCGCGGGAUCUUCAGAAUCUGCUCCCAUUAAAGAUGCCGCCCCCGCAGUAACUCCUGCAGCGACAAAGGACUCGGCAGCAACUCUCCCCGCGGCCGCCUUCCCGUUGCCGCCCACCCUGUCCCUGCCGCUCUCGAGGGCGGGCCACGGCGACAAAGAGCGGGCGCCGCUCCCCCAGGCCGUGGUCAAACCUCAAGUCCUCACACACCUCAUCGAGGGCUUUGUCAUCCAGGAGGGAGCCGAGCCUUUCCCGGUCGCCGGGCUCCUCAAAGAUCGCGACUUUGCACUGGGCGCCCGCGCAGAGAACGGCCCACCUUUGUUGAAGUGCGAGUACUGCUCAAGCCUGGCGCCAGCCAAUAAAUUCAGAGGAUCCAAGAGAUUCUGUUCCAACACCUGCGCAAAGAGGUACAACGUAAGCUUCAGCAAACACUACAAGUCAAGCCGGGGACGAAGUGGCAACACGGGGCCGGCGCCGCUUCCGCCGGCGACCGAGAACGUGGCCCGGCGCCGCGGCCCCCCUCGCCGAAGCAGCUCCAAUGGCAGCAAAUUGUCUGGCCAGCGUCAAAACGUCAAGUGCCGCUCGGACUCCAGCCGCUCGGAGGACGCGUCCAGCGACGGAGACGAGGAAGAAGAGGACGAAGAGGUGGACACGGCUUCCCUUUCUCCAAGCUCCUCCCACUCGCGCUCGUGCUCCAGAGCCGAGCAGGACGGCGUUCCUCAGUCGGACGCCGCCUCGGCUCCCGGCAGCCUCCCCAUGGAGGCGGCCGGCUUCCUGUCGGCCACUCCUGCCCAGUGGAGCGUGGAGGAAGUGUGCAGGUUCAUCUCGUCGCUUCAAGGCUGCGAGGAGCUGGCCGCUCACUUCCUGUCCCAGGAAAUUGACGGGCAGGCUCUGCUGCUCCUCCGCGAGGACCAUCUCAUCUCCACCAUGAACAUCAAGUUGGGCCCCGCCCUCAAAAUCUGCGCCUCCAUCAACAGCCUGCGCGAGUGACCCACUGGUGACUCGCUCUCCGCAUUGUUGUUUGUAUUUUGUACACGACACUAGGACUCUGACAUUCUUACUUUCUGGACCUCGAGUGUGCCAAAACAUGUUUGGCUUUUUUUGGGGGGGGCUGUCGUAUGAGUGACCACAUUAAUUACGUACGCUAACCUGAUUGUGACAACUUUAGUUUUGUCAGCUCGUCAUGCGGUAGCGAGGUUGCCGACGCAAAAGACACGUUGCCUUCUUGCCGUAUUUAAAAUGGUGCUAAUUUUUUUUUUAACGAGUUCCCGUCUGAUAAGAAGGAAAAUGUUCACAAGGGUUUCUCAAAGUUUAGUUUUGUAUCUUUUUACAUGAUCUACUCAAAAGUAUUUUUCACGACAACUUUUCGGAGCCGUAACCAACUUACGAAGUGUGGCGGGAAAAAGUUCCAGGACUGGCGUCACAAAAGAUAAAGAGAGAGAACGAUGCCUUUGAGGUCAGAGGUCAAUUUGAAAUGUAUCUUAAGUAACACAGUACUGGAACUUUUGACAUCUCAUUCCAUCCAUCCAUCCAUCUUCUACCGCUUAUCCGGGGCCGGGUCGCGGGGGCAACAGCUUUAGCAGGGAAGCCCAGACUUCCCUCUCCCUAGCUACUUCUUCCAGCUCUCCCCGGGGGCUCCCGAGGCGUUCCCAGGCCAGCUGGGUGACAUAGUCUCUCCAGCGUGUCCUGGGUCUUCCUCGGGGUCUCCUCCCGGUGGGACAUGCCCGGAACACCUCACCAGGGAGGCGUUCAAGAGGCAUCCGAAUCAGAUGCCCAAGCCACCUCAUCUGGCUCCUCUCGAUGUGGAGCUACCUGCUACCUGAAUAUGAGUCGAUGAGAGGCAGCCUUUCGUCUUCCUCCACUUCAAUCACAGGCAGACGUCCGAUUAUUUAUUCACAUUUUAUUUGUCAUUCGGUUCAGGGUUCUUCACCGUGGACCCACCGUACACACACACCAAAAAGUCUGUGACUUGACAUCGGCUGCAGGAAGUUGGUAAACAAGGCAGACAAACCGUCAUUCCGCAGCAUCCACUCCAACUGGAUGCCUUUCAAGUUUACAUCUGCUUCAAAGUGUGUAUUUCCUUUCGCCUAAACCUUCAAAACAUUUUUCAUAGCGAAAGCGUAAUAAAAGUCUUUAGUAUACCA